CAUGAAUCAAGCUACUGACUUACCAAAAUUCAAUUUACCAUCAGAUAAUAUUCUCACUCAACGCAAAUCUUUAAUCCAAACUUUAUAUCAAGAAAAUCAUGAAAAUGAAAAAUAUCCACUUGUAACAAAUCCUUCUCAAUUGGAUUCUCUUCCUUUGGAGGAUAUUGCUACAUCCUAUUUGGAUCUUUGGACACUUUAUAACAAGGCCGGUAUGAAUCCAAAAGUUCAAGUCUGUCAACUCAACUGUCGUCUUUUUGAUCUUUGUUGUCGUGCUCAUAAACUUUAUCAAGAGUAUAUUCAAUAUGUUAUCCGUGAACCGUUGAAUGUUAGCAAGCUUCCUUUUCAUGUUUGGAUACAUACCUUAGCCAAGUCAGAUAAUGAAGAUGCUGUCGAUGGAGGAUAUCGUGCUUUUUCUGGGAAGAAAUCCACCAAAAACUCUCUACCAUUGGACUCCAAAAAUCGUUCCCGUAUCCUUGAUUUGGUGAACAAUCAUGGUCAUAGUGUAUUAGUCCUUCAAGAUAUGGUGAACCUUGCAAAGAUUGGAUCCAUGAAAAAUGCCACAUAUACUGCUCUAAAUGAAUUACUACUUGCUAACAAGGAUGCCAUUACUACUGCUGCCAAGUCUAUCAACAUAGAUGAAGCCUUUCCAACCACUGCCUCCAAUGCUACUACCACAACCCAUUAGUAUUAUAUUUCCC